GGCGUCCACUGCUGACUGCCUGCGCAUGAAGCCACGCUACCCGAGCAUCCUGUAACUCCCCAAAACCUAAAACAACCGUCUCUCUCUAUCUCUUCCGAGAUGCACACUGCCGACGAUCCUCCUCGACGUUCCGACUCGGAAUCCGACCACGAACUCUACACCAUCCCAAACUACUCUAGCUGGUUCUCAUGGGAUGAAAUUCACCACAACGAAAGAAUCGCCCACAGCGAAUUCUUCAACAACUCCUCAAUCUCCAAAACCCCCAAAAUCUACAAAGAAUACAGAGACUUCAUCAUCAACAAAUACCGAGAAGACCCUUCCCGACGGCUCGUAUUUACCGACGUUCGCAAAUGCUUGAUCGGCGACGUCGGGGCCAUCCAUAAGAUCUAUAGAUUCUUGGAGAGAUGGGGUUUGAUCAAUUUCGGCAUUUCCUCGCCGUCGGAUGUCGGCGGCGAUGGCGAUCAAGCGGUUGAGGAUGCGGGGGUGCCGCGAUGUGAGGUUGUGGUUGAGGAGGGGUCGCCGUAUGGGGUACGGGUUGUGGAGUUUCCGAAUUCGUCGAAGGCUUUGGCGGGCCCCACGGUAGAGGGUGAUGGUGAGGAAGGGGCGGAGGGUGUUGGUGGAGGUGGUGGCGGCAGCGGGGGUGGAGGUUUGAGAUUGCCACCGCUGACGUCAUAUUCGGAUGUGUUUGGGGAGGUAGGUCGGCAGAAUUGGUGCUGGAAUUGCGGGGGAGAUUGCGUUUCGGGCUAUUAUAAGUCAGCAAAGCAGAGAGGCUCACUAAUAUGUGCAAAGUGCUUUGAAAAUGAGAAUUGUGGGGACAGCAAGGUGGCAGAUGAUUUCAAGUUCAUUGAUGCAGAUGUUACUGGAAAUCAUGGAAUAUGGACUGAUGAAGAGACUUUGCUUCUUUUAGAGGCUGUUGUGAAAUAUGGAGAUGAUUGGAAUGCUGUUGCGCAACACGUACGAACCAAGAGCAAACUUGAUUGUAUUUCGCGGCUCAUACAGUUACCGUUCGGUGAGCAUAUAUUGGGAACCAUCAGUGUUAAAGGUGAUGAUAGGAACUUGAUUAGCCACACAGGCAAUGUUAAACUGAUGCAAGAUGCUACGGUUGAGAAUGAGGAGCCCAUCAAAACCGAAGAGCAACAUCAAGAGUAUACAAGUGAGACUGAGCAGAUUGAACGGGGUGAGACCGAGGACCCUCCUCCGAAGCGACAAUGUGUUAACUCUUUUGCAGAUGCUGGUAGUUCUCUAAUGAAACAGGUAGCUCUCCUUUCUACAGUAGUUGGACCACAUAUUGCAGCUGCUGCAGCUGAUGCCACUGUUGCGACAUUGUGCGAUGAGAACCCGUGUGCUAGGGAGAUCUUUGAGGCCGAACAGGAUUGUGUUACAUAUGAGUUUGGGUCUCCUACUUGUAAUACCGAGCCAGUGAGAGUCCCUAAAGUUGAAGAUGUGGAAACAGAAGAGGACCAUAAACAAACAGAGACACUAGAGGCUGCCCCACAGAAGAAAGGCCCUUCGACAUUGCAUAUCAGAGCUGCCAUUGCAACAGCUUUUGGAGCGGCAGCUGCUCAUUCCAAGUUACUAGCAGACCAGGAAGACAGGGAAAUAGAGCAUCUAAUGGCAACUAUAAUCGAAGCACAGCUGAAUAAGAUUCAAUCCAAGAUCAAACAUUUUGAGGAGCUGGAGUCGAUCAUGGAAAAGGAAUAUGCCCAGAUACAGCAGCUAAAAGAGUCCAUAUUUGCAGAUUGGAUUGAUGUUCUAGAACAGGCUUUCCGUGUGGGCAUUCCAAGAUAUAGGGAUCAUGGUUUUGUGAAGUCGUUGACAAGUAGCUUGUUGUAAUGGAGUUUCUGUAUCAUGGAUUUGUUCUAUUAACUUGGGAAGGAAAAGACUAAAGAGAGAAUGUCAUGAAAAAUAAGGUUUCUUUCCAACAGUUGUAUGCAUGUGUUUGUAAAAUAUUAAAAGGGAGAGAAGGGCCUCCUAGUUUUAUUGCUGGGGAACAUGACUAUUGAAUACGGAUAAUUUUGUUGA